AUGAUAGAAAGAGAAAUAAUCCAUACUACACCCGCUUCAAAGCGCAUCUUGGAGGUACUUCAGGAUGUCAUGCAGUUCUUCGUGCUCUUUGGUCGUAUCCUUUUGGAGCUGUUCGUUAAACUAGUGCAGACUUUCUUGCCCAAACCGGAGAAGGAUGUCAGCGGGGAGAUAAUUCUGAUUACCGGUACUGGACACGGAAUUGGUCGGGAGUUGGCCCUUCAUUACGCUUAUUUGGGCAGCACUGUGGUUUGUGUGGACAUUGAUGAGAAAACUAAUGAGCAGACGGUGCAGAAGGCCAAACGAUACAAUCUUGGAAAAGUGUAUAGCUAUAGCUGCGAUGUUUCCAAACGCCAUGAGGUUAUGGCGCUGGCUGAUCGGGUUAAGUCCGAGGUUGGAUACGUAUCGGUGCUGGUGAAUAAUGUGGGAAUAAUGCCCACUCAUCCGAUCCUUCAGCAAUCGGACGAGGAAAUCCAACGAGUAUUUGACGUGAACGUUUUCUCGCAAUUCUGGACCAUUCAGGCCUUUUUGUCCCAUAUGCAAGAGAAGAAUCGUGGACAUAUUAUCUGCCUAUCCUCGAUUGCGGGUUUAGUGGGAAUCUCUAACUUGGUUCCCUAUUGCGCCACCAAAUUCGCAGUUCGUGGGCUGAUGGAGGCACUGCAUGCUGAGUUACGAGAGGGACCUUACAGGGAUUUGAUAAAGACCACCACCAUUUUCCCAUAUAUGACCAACACUGGCCUGUGCAAGCAUCCCAAGGUGAAGUUCCCCUCUAUCUUGGGCCUGCUCGAUCCAAGGCAGGUGGCCAGACAGAUUGUGGAAGCACACCGCGCCGACCUUAUGGAGGUAACCAUUCCCAGCAGCUUGCUGCACAUCAACAAUUGGACGCGACUCCUGCCGGAUCAUUGUGGCUUGAUGCUUAAGGACUUUAUCGACAGUGGCGUGGAGUCGGACUUAAUUUAGUUUACCCUCGAUAGAUCGAGUUAAAAUAUGUUGCAGUACAAUAAACUUACUAUUGGAGUAUGUAUAAAAAAUAAAAACAAAUUUUUAGAACUCGUUUCAAGUAAUAGACGGUCUAAAUCUAAAUAUCUUAAC